AAAUAGCUCCCAUUUUGCCCUCUUAUGUAGUAUGAUGUAGUCAAAAACUGAAAAGUUUUUCGUUUGCAUUUGUAAUGUAUACGCGACAACGAUUUCAAAACAAUUCGCGUUUACACAUAUCCAUGAAAAUGGCCAAAAAUGCUGUAUUACUUAUUCCAGGCUAGUAGAUGGCACUUUCACCUUGUUAGUAAACCGUAACAGUAUGCAGGUGACAAUUAUAUAUUUUAAAUGAUGUGUCUCCGCUGUUGGUUGUAGUAUUGGUGAAGUAAAUCCACUCUUUGCUGAAGAAGCGUUAGCAAUCUCUUGAGCAGCAACAACAGUAUCAUAUACUCCACUAUUGUUGUGUAUGUUUGUUCGCGCUUGCCUUUAAAAUCGACAUGUACUGUGCAUGUCUACAUACCUAACACAAACUAUGCAUGCGCAUAAUGUCACCGUUUUCAAACAUUCCCGUAUUGGGUGUUUACACAGAAACAAUAAAGUUGCUGUUUUCAAAAAACUUGUACUUUGAAACACAGUCUUCUAAAAUGUACGCUUGUGGCGGAGCUAGAAAGUCAAAACACAUGACGUGAUCUGUUGAUUGACUGCCAACAAAUGGGAACGGCAGUGUAAUCUGAAAGGAAGUGAGGUAAUUGUAUUUAAAUAGUAGUAAAAAGAGGGAAUAGGAGGAGGGAAAAGAAAAGUGGAUUUGGGAAGGAAGGAAGGAAGGUGGAUGACAUUGAUUGCAAAUGUCUGUGGUAAAAGACGCAGGGGUUAUCUGCGAGUGCACACUUGGUAUGGUGCUACGCAAUCAAUUUAGUGUUUUGAGGAACGAUUUCUCCAAACUAAGGAUACCAGUGCUGAGUGUGUUUUACCUUCCUUCGUAGCCUCCAAUUCAUCUGAAUACGAGUUUGAUGGUUUCGGGUGAUCAUAUUAUCAAAAUACCAUGAAUGAUAAUAAAUCAAAAAGAAAAGGCACUAACUAACUAACAAAUAAAUAAAUUACAAAUUUGUAUAUUUUAAUGUUAAUAUAGUCAAUGUAAUGUUUUUUGAGCAGAUAAUUGUCUUCAACUGUUGCUUUUACUUCGCCAUAUUAAAAAGUAUCUGUGGCCAUUUUUCAAAGUGCUUACUCUAAUAAUUUUUUUAUUAUGUUAUCUGUUAAAUAAUGACACUUUGUAAUAGGCCUACCGAAUGAAAUUCAUUUCUUCUUUUUCAUUUCUUUUCCAUAAUUCCAUUGUAUGGACAAGAAUUUCAAACCGGUUUAGAAAUCAGAGAAGAUCUCCUGUGUAUAAAAGUUGUGGCGAUCUAAUUGUUCAAUAACUAUUACUUAUUUGUUAACGCUGAGAUGUUUACAUUAUUUUGUGUUUCAUUUUCACUCCUAACCCAUUUGACAAAAAAAAAAAAAACAAUUACAAAAGGAGUUGUUUGCAACUGGCCACAUUCCCUUAAAACGGCUAUUUCUUGUCAUAGAUGUUCCGGUAAUUAACUGAUCUUCUCCGGAAAUAAAAAUGGUUGGUAAUUGUAGUCAAAGAUGAGGUUAGGUGUACAUCAGUGGCUUGAUGUUUGAGGUUCACGGGUCAGACGUAUGACUCAUCAUGCUGACGUUCUCAGGUGGACGGAGCUAGCGUUUCGUUUGCAUUGUCUUCGGAGGUGCUUUGGGGUCGUGUCCCAUGACAUCUACAGCAUCUCAUGUACCACGUCUCAUCUACAACAUCUCAUGCAUUUAGAACGGAUUUGUGUCAUUGCUCAGAGAGCUUAUAAACGGUUGAGAUGCUCCUUCUUCUGUUACUUGAGAAGAGUCGCUCACCAUAUACGCCUGUCUCAAAUCAAGUCCUGCUUCCAGCCACAAUGGUCAGUGAUCGGAUCUUUCUUCUAACCGUAACCUGCUCCGUCUUAAUGCUGCUAGUUAGCUGCGAUGACGUUCUAGAGAUCCGCUCGCCAGAAGAUGACAUGAAAGCUCAAGAGGAGAAAGAACUGAUCGAGGCUCUUCAAGAAGUGCUUGAGAAACUGAGAAACAAACAGAUUCCCACUGCAGAGAAGAAGUUCGGUUGGGUCCCCUCGUGUGAUGCAGGUGAGCAGUGUGCGGUUCGUAAGGGCGCUCGCUUCGGGAAGCUGUGCAGCUGUCCAGGAGGAACCACCUGCAGCUUCUCCAUCCUCAAGUGUUUGUGAAAGCAUGCCUCGUUCUGUCAUCAUCCAGCGAGUGUUUCAUCGUACUGUUAGAGAUGUUCGUUGUUUCCCAUCAGUUGUAAUGUUUUAUUAAUGCACACAUCAAAUAAAUGCAUGCAUUUUUGUAUAUA